ACGUUUGAACAGCCCCAACUGCAGCCAGCACUUGGGAGCUUGUUACGCGGCUUUCUUGGCAGAAAUAGCUCCGCUCCACCGCUCUAGGACGCGCUGCCCGGUCCCCCAGAGCAGCGGAGACCCGCACGGUAGCACGCCAAAGCCAGACGCGACUCAGCACAAGCUUCCCGGGGCCAGCUCCAGGCCCCCUUUGUUUCUAGCUGCGCGCACCACGCUGCGUGAGCCCCAGCAGCCCCUCCAUGGCGAGCCAGCAAAAUGUUCAUCGGGGGACUGAGCUGGCAAACCACGCAAGAGGGCUUGCGGGAAUACUUCAGCCAGUUCGGGGAGGUGAAGGAGUGUCUGGUGAUGCGGGACCCGCUGACAAAGAGAUCCAGGGGGUUCGGGUUCGUCACGUUCAUGGACCAGGCCGGUGUGGACAAGGUUCUGGCCCAAUCCAGACAUGAACUGGACUCCAAGACGAUCGACCCAAAAGUAGCAUUCCCCCGCCGAGCACAGCCCAAGAUGGUAACGCGGACGAAGAAGAUAUUUGUGGGGGGUCUCUCUGUGAACACUACCGUGGAGGAUGUGAAACAGUAUUUUGAGCAGUUUGGGAAGGUGGAUGAUGCUAUGCUGAUGUUUGACAAGACAACCAAUCGACACCGAGGGUUUGGAUUCGUCACAUUUGAGAGUGAAGAUAUUGUGGAGAAGGUGUGUGAGAUCCACUUCCAUGAGAUCAAUAACAAAAUGGUGGAAUGUAAAAAAGCUCAGCCAAAGGAAGUGAUGUCCCCCACUGGCUCUGCGAGAGGGCGGUCCCGAGUGAUGCCUUAUGGGAUGGAUGCCUUCAUGCUUGGGAUUGGCAUGCUGGGUUAUCCAGGUUUCCAAGCUGCCACUUAUGCCAGUCGGAGUUACACGGGCCUUGCGCCUGGCUACACUUAUCAGUUUCCUGAAUUCCGUGUAGAGCGGACCCCUCUCCCGAGUGCCCCCGUCCUCCCCGAGCUCACAGCAAUUCCCCUUACUGCAUAUGGGCCGAUGGCGGCGGCGGCGGCAGCAGCAGCUGUAGUGAGAGGGACAGUUUUGCUUCCUCCCUUAGGUUCUACUCCGAGCCGCACUGGUGGGUUUCUGGGCACUACCAGUCCUGGGCCAAUGGCAGAGCUCUACGGAGCAGCCAAUCAGGAUUCAGGGGUCAGCAGUUACAUCAGUGCUGCGAGUCCAGCUCCAAGUACUGGCUUUGGUCACAGCCUAGGGGGUCCCUUGAUUGCAACGGCUUUUACCAAUGGGUACCAUUGAAGCUAGCGACCAAGGAGGCAGGAGAUUUCCCCAGUGACCUAACCAAGGACAGCGGGCUGGAGGAUCUGGUGAGCCUUGGGGGAUGAGCCAAGGUUUCCUUUUUAUUGAAUAAAACUGCACACUGCCGGCUGGCUGCCAGGCUCCUGCUGACCUGCCCUGAUCUCUCCCAUUGAACAGACCACACUGGACUGAACCCAAGGAGAUCAUCUCGCUUUCUUACUAACCACCGAUGGUUUACGCUUCUCCCUCCCCCAACCCCCCGAUUCUUCUUUAUUUAUUUUAUUAGCUGGUAGUUUUAUUUUUUAUUUUAUUUUUUUAUCUUUAUUUUUUGGGGGGUGACCCUCUUUUUCAUUGUUUGCUCUUUCCUGAGCUAGUAGACAUAUUUUAUGAAUUGGCUUUGUGAUCGUGUUAGGUAGUUUUUAAUGAGGAGUAUUUUUAUUUGGCUUUGAAAUUGUUUUGAAUUUUUUCAACUCUGUUGUCAACAUUUUUAAAGGACAGUCUGUGAUGUGAACGCAGUUCUGAAGGGAAGAGAGAUGCAGAGAGAGAGAAGGCUGAGCAGAACUGAUGCAUUUCUUCUUCUUUUUUUUUUUUUUUUAAAGAAACUGUUUUUAAUUGUUUCUGUUUUGUAAAUGUGAGGUUUUGAAAUGUGUGAAGCUCCAAGGAUCUGAAACGGUGGGACAUCGCUAUGGAACAAAACAAAAUGUAUAUUUUGCUAAGUAAAAACACUACCCUUACAGCUGAAAGUAUUUUUGUUUUCCUAGAUUUAGUUUUACGUGGGGUUUGCUUUUUCCUAGUGUAUAAUAUGUAAAUAUCGCGAGGUGAACCUGGCUGCAGCCUGACUCAAGGUUCCUGAACCUGGCACCUCAGUGUGAGCAAUAUUCUCCAGCAGAAUCCUGACAGGACUCCUUUCUUUUUUGUACACCUUUUACUGUAAGAUUUUAAGACCUCUGAGAUGAAGGGGGGAGAGAGGGGAAUGAAACUUACCGGCUAUCGGCUAUUUUGCUGAGCGGGUUAAAGCGGCUUCCAGUCGCCUGAUGUAUGGGCUCCCUAAGUACAUCAUCUGGUUUGGCUAGGCAAAGGGCUUUACUGUCUCUGCUUGUCUUUGUUAUUUUGAAAGGAAUUGACUCUCCAAAUAGUAUCACUUGUGUCAAGAUGGUCUGGGGAAGGGCAUCAUCCUUUAGGGGGCAGGGUAUUGGGAAGGGCUCAUUGUCAGGGGUGAGAUGUGGGGGUGGUCAUUCUCUGAAGGGCAGGGCAUUGGGUGGGGGAAG